AAAAAACUAUCAUACAUUAAGUGCUAUCCUUGCGGAUUGCCAAAUUAAGAAAAAAGGGCAAAAGAAAUUACCAAUUCAUGGCACAAACAACAAGCUUUGACAAAAAGAUUCAAUUUCAGUGUCUUGUAUCCGAUUCCCGAAAGGCUAUCAUGAAAGUGAAUCGCAUAGCCGUGGCCUUGCUGCUUCUUCUUCUUGCUGUGUUCGAUUUGGGGUUUUCCGUUGAAGACCCAUUUAUCAGAAUGAAACUGGGAGGCGUUCGCGAUUACAUCGGCGCACAGAACAGCGUUGAAAUCGAUUAUCUAGCUCGCUUUGCAGUUCAAGAACACAAUAAGAAAGAGAAUGGUCUUUUGGAAUUUGAGCGCGUGUUGAAAGCUAAAGAACAGGUAAUUGCUGGUAAAUUGUAUCAUCUUACAUUGGAAGCCAUUGAUGGCGGUAAGAAGAAGGUCUAUGAAGCCAAAGUCUGGGUGAAGCCUUGGAUGAAUUUCAAACAAUUGCAGGAAUUCAAACUAUGCCCAUGAUGGAUCUUCCAGGUAACUGAAGACUAUGCAUAAACAUCUUCCAUUGCCCAUAUGGAUAGCUACUGAUAGUAACAGCAGAAUAGAACAUAAAAAGUAAAACUGAACUGAAACAUUAUAUAAGGAACGGUGUUAUAUGCUUUGUUUAUAAUAAUUGUGAAAUAUGCAACUGGUAAUCUAAGUUUGUUGAAACAAUAAGAGAUGUAUAUACUUUUAUGUAGAGAUUCCUUCAAAGUUUGACAAUGAGACCCACAAGUAUGUUAGUAGUA